AUGGUGCUCGGGAAUCCGAGGAAUUCGCGGACGAUCGUCGUCGCGGUGGUCUACCUCAGCCUGUUCUUGGACAACGUCCUGCUCACCGUUGUUGUGCCGAUUAUUCCCGAUUACCUCUGCACCAUUGACGGCAACUCGACGACAAACACCGAGGACGACGAAAACGGUCGAGUGGGAUUAUUGUUGAGCUCGAAGGCGCUUGUACAAUUAAUACUGAACCCAGCCGUGGGCACUCUAACCGGCACCCUGGGAUACACCAAACCGUUAUUCCUUGGAAAUUUAAGUCUCCUGCUCGCUGCCAUGUUGUUCGCGUUUGGACAAAGUUACGAGGUCCUCUUCCUAGCCCGAAGCAUCCAGGGUAUAUCCUCAGCAUGUAUCGGUGUCUCAGGGAUGUCUUUGGUCGCCUCCCAAUAUCCGGAAGAGGACAAGAGAUCGAAGAUCAUGGGCUUCGUUCUCGGAAGUAUCGCCCUUGGCGUCCUGGUCGGCUACCCUAUUGGCUCUGUGCUCUACGAUCUUGAGGGAAAAAUGGCACCGUUCCUGCUGGUCUCGUGUCUGAUCGUCGUCGCCAUAUGUUUACAAGUUCUUGCUCUGGACAUCGAGACAACCGUCCAGGUGAGUGAGCAAGAAACGUCAUGGACACAUUUACUGUCCGAUCCGCACAUCCUGAUUAUAUUCGGUGCCAUCUGGUGUUCGACGUCGCCGAUGGCCAUCUUGGAGCCGUGCUUACCAAUCUGGCUGCGAACUCGCAUCAAGCCAAAGAAAUGGCAGCUGGGAACGGUGUUCAUUCCGGACAGCGUCGGGUAUCUGAUCGGGACCAAUUUCUUCGGUAUGAUUGCGUAUCGUUACGGGCGCAGUAAAGUCGCCGUUGUGGCAAUGUUCGUCGUCGGCGUAAGCGCCAUUUUGAUCCCGUCGGCGGCCACGAUGUCGCAGCUGAUUGUGCCGCAUCUGGGAAUGGGCUUGGGCAUCGGUGUGGCGGACGCUGCUCUGGUGCCUCUGCUGGCCAGUCUGGUGGACCGUAAUGGCGAUUACGGUCCUGUUUACUCGAUUCAACAAGUGGCCGUCAGUUUGGCUUACUCCCUUGGGCCAAUUCUGGGCGGUGAAAUGGUGAAGGCGAUUGGGUUUCAAUGGGUUAUGGGUAUCGUGGGUUUGAUGAACGUCGCCUACUGUCCAUUACUGAUAUACCUAUCCCUCGAAAGGGGAAAAUCACUGACGCAGGACGACGAAAAGAGGGAUUACGAGACCUUCCAGCGAUCGGUGACGAAGUACGAACGGUUCCAAGACUCCGACGACGAUCUCUAA